GACUUGAAACCUUUCAGUGUGCGGGCUGACGCUCUAACCGCUGAGAACUCUGGCCAGGGCAGAAUAAUCUUUUGAUGAGGAUCAAGAGGAGGUGGUCUCUCAGAUCUCUGAUGUGGUGUUUCUUACAUGUGGUCCUUUCCAAUUCUUCCCUCCUUCCAUUUGUCUCCUUGCUUUCCAUUAAGUGCAGAGAAUAGUUUGGCCCAUUAAACAUUUCAGAAAUACCCUGUCUGAAGCAAAUCACACCUUGGAAAUGAAGUGUGUAUAUCAAAUAAGCCCCAUCUUUCUUAGAGGGAGAAGAUGUUAAUGACUUGCAACAAACAGCUUUGCUGAAUUGUUUCAUAUGGAGGACUGCAUAGUGCUUGGUUACUAGAAGGGCCUGUUUAAACAUCACAUAGUGUGUAUUUUCAUAAUGGAGAUACAAAGUACUGAUAAAACAUUGAUUGUAAGGAUGAUUUAUUUGCUUCCUUUUAAAAAUUGCUUAGUUGCACUAAAAAAAAUUUAUUUAAAUUUUUUUUUUUUUUUGCUUAGUUAUGUCCUGCAUUGUAACAAUGCCAGGAAGAAAAUGAUCAAUUCUUGGGAGAGUGUAAGAAAAAUCUAGAUCCUCCUAGCAUUCUUCCUCCAAGCAUGGAUCUUGAAAGAUGCUAAAAUGUUUUUUCAUCCUGUUUACCCCUGUGGAAUGGCCCUCUCAGAAAUGGAACUGUGUGUUCUGGAUUGAGAAUAAGUCUCCUCUAAGCCAUGACCUCAUCCUUAACCUGACUCAGGACGGGAUCAAACUACUGUUUGAUGCUUUCAAUCAGAGACUUAAGGUGAUUGAAGUAUAUGACUUGACUAAAGUAAAGUUAAAAUAUUGUGGAGUACAUUUUAACUCUCAGGCCAUAGCUCCCACCAUUGAGCAGAUUGACCAGUCUUUCGGUGCAACCCAUCCUGGAGUGUACAACUCCGCUGAGCAGCUCUUCCACCUCAACUUCAGAGGACUGUCUUUCUCUUUUCAGUUAGACUCGUGGACUGAGGCUCCCAAGUACGAGCCCAAUUUUGCCCAUGGUCUAGCUUCUCUCCAGAUACCCCACGGAGCAACUGUGAAACGAAUGUACAUCUACAGUGGAAACAGCCUACAGGACACGAAGGCUCCCAUGAUGCCCCUGAGCUGUUUCCUGGGCAAUGUGUAUGCUGAGAGUGUAGAUGUUCUUCGAGAUGGAACUGGACCCUCAGGCUUACGACUUCGCCUACUUGCCGCAGGUUGUGGACCUGGCCUGUUAGCAGAUGCCAAGAUGCGGGUAUUUGAACGUUCAGUGUACUUUGGUGAUUCUUGCCAAGAUGUUCUUAGCAUGCUUGGUUCUCCACACAAAGUCUUCUAUAAGUCAGAAGACAAGAUGAAAAUUCAUUCUCCUUCCCCUCAUAAACAAGUUCCUUCCAAGUGCAAUGACUACUUUUUUAACUACUUCACUCUCGGAGUGGACAUCCUCUUUGAUGCGAAUACUCACAAAGUGAAGAAGUUUGUCCUUCACACCAAUUAUCCUGGGCAUUAUAAUUUUAACAUUUAUCACCGUUGUGAGUUCAAGAUCCCAAUAGCCAUAAAGAAAGAAAAUGCAGAUGGUCAGACAGAAAUGUGCACAACCUAUAGCAAGUGGGACAACAUCCAGGAGCUCCUGGGUCACCCUGUGGAGAAGCCUGUUGUCCUGCACAGGUCCUCCUCCCCAAACAACACCAACCCAUUUGGCUCCACAUUCUGCUUUGGUCUUCAGCGGAUGAUCUUUGAGCCUGCUGGUGCCAACAGGGGACACAGACUGCAAAGAGAAGCACAAACUCUGAGCCUUGAUACCUGGACCCAGGAGCUUUCGACUAACACGUAAGGAGGCAGGGUUCUGUCUCCCCUGUCCCACACACAUUGGAAAACUUGGGACUCUCUGUGGCUGAGGACUCAGGCACCCAGGAUGAGGACAAGGUCCUGCCUUUGGCCCAGCAUUGCCACAUGACCCUUAAGGCAAGCAGGUAGCAUGUCCACUUGGUUGUGACUUUUGCACUACAUCCACUUUAGUUACUUGAUGAGCUGGCUGUUGCCAAGGUGGCCCACCUGCCCUUACUUGUUCCUUUCUUGCAUGUGAUCCCUGCCAGGCCCUGUAGGCAUACCCAAGUGGUUGAAACACAAUUUUCUACCAUCCAGGGACAUGCCCAGGCCCGGUUCCAACCCUUCUUGGAGCCAGCCUUCCAAGGUUGCCUCUGCCCUGUUCUGUACCAACCUGGCUGGCAGGGCUGCAUGUUUCCAUCCUGUUUGCCUCUUUUAUUUAAUGCCAAAGUUUUAGCCAAAGACAUCUUCCUCCUUUAUUGGUUUCAGCAUUCUGUUCUGCACUGUGGGCCGGCUCCCCUGCCCCAACCCUGGGCAGUGUCCCCUGGCUGGGCCCAUUCAUGGCUCAAGGCCUCUGGGGACUCAAGGAAGGCUGGACUGCUCAGUCUCUUCAUGGGUCUUGUUAAGGAAAGUAGCAUAUGUGCUUUAAAAAUAUUAACCUUUUGAAAAGAAUUGAGAAGAGAAAUGUAUAAUUUUAUCCCAUUUUUAAUAUUUUGGUCUAGCAACUUGUGAUACAUAGAUGACAAUUUUGUGAGUUUUUCAAAUGUGUGUACAGAUUUUUGUAAAUAUGACUUUUGUAAUUAACUCAUGUACAGCCUCAUCCUGUAUAGUUUAACGAUGAAUGUGCAGGGGACCUGCCCCAGGCUCCUAUAUGAUUCCUGGGCCUACAUCCAGGCUUGUGUGGCACUCUCGUGAUUUUGUGACUGACUGGUGUCUUCCCAUUUGGACUGUGGCCUGGCCAGAGACACCCCCAACCCCUCCCCGCACAUCCCCACUAUUGGGGCAGCCAGGACUGAUCUCAUCCUCCUGGAAUGGGGGAACCUUCCUCAUGUCCUGCCCAUACCUCUCCUCCAAUAAAGACCUAUCCCCUCAGCAACAGCUCACCAUGUGCUGUUGCUGGGAUGUUUGUACUAAA